CUAAUCUGUGGUUGUCAACUUGUCAUUGUCAUGUCAUUUGUCAGAUUUGACUUGCACCGUGCUCGGUCGUGCAAGGUUCGCCGGCGCAGCGGCUAGCGCUCAGCGCAGCGCCAGUUGGCACUUGGCAGUUUAAGUUUACUUCACCCAGACUCAAUACAUAAUAAUAAUCAGCAGUCAGCUUUGAAGUUUGAACUUGUGCUCCGAACUUCGGAGGUCAACCGAUAACUUUGAAAUUGCCUUUCGGUUUUUUUUAUUUUUAAUAGUUUUUCAUUGAAUUAGUUUAGUUGACAGUAGUGUAGUGUUUAUCGCACGCGUUACCAGUCGGGAGUGUUCGCGAGGGUGUAUCGUUCCAGUGAACCGCAAAUACUGCGUGUUGCGCAUGCACCGGUGUGCGGCCGGUAGCGAGCGGACGCACUCGCCGAGAUGAGGGCGGCGGCGCUGCUGCUGCUGCUGGGCGCGCUGCGGGCGGCGCGGGCGACGAGCGCGGUGCCGCCCGGCGCGCCGGCCGCCUACGCCGUGGACGCCACGACGCUGCUCAACGCGGCCGAGCGGCGCGACCGGGAGGUCAGCCACAAGGUGCUGGCCACGCUGCGCGUGCUGCCCGCGUGGGCGGCGGGGCGCGAGCUGCUGCUGCGCCUGGAGCUGGCGGCGCCGCGCCUGCACGCGCGCGGCAAGCACGCCAACGCGGAGUACCGGCCCGUGGAGUCGCUGUGGGACUCGCUGCCGCUCGGCGUGUUCUACGCGCACUUCGAGCGCGGGCUGGUGCGCGCCGCCUACCUGGACCCGGCCGAGCCGCUCGACGUGCAGAACUUCAAGCGCUCGCUGCUCAGCGUGCUGCAGUUCCAAGAGGUGGAGGGGCUCGUCAACGAGACAGACGUGUCGGGUGAGUGUGAGGUGCAGUAUGAGACCUUCUCCGAGGACAGCUUCCGGAAGAUCAAGCGCGGCUGCGUGUGCGCGGGCUGGGGCGCGGCGGACGAGGUGCGCUCGCGGCGCGCCGUGCGCUACUCGCUGGCGGAGGGCGAGCUGCGCGAGCUGUACGCCGACGAGCUGCACGAGCUGGGCGAGGCGGCGGCGGGCGCGGGGCUCAAGGCGCGCGCCUUCCUGCGCCUGACGCGCGAGCAGCACGCGCCGGCCGCGCCCGCGCGCGCCGCCUCGCUGGCCGCCGCGCUGGCCGCGCUGCCCGCCGCCCUGCGCGCCUCGCCGCUGGCCGCGCAGCCGCCCGACCACCUGGCCGACGAUGAGGAUCAGGUCGCGGCGCCGACCGACGAGGAGCUGAGCGCAGCCGCGCGCGACGCCGCCGGCGGCGCCCCCGGCCUCGGCGGCUCGCUGCGGGCCGCGCGCGCCGCGCUGCUGCUGCUGGCGGCGCGCGCGCGCCUGCCCGCGCUGCUGCACGACGGCGCCGACGCCGAGCAGCUGGCCGGCGCGCUGGCGGCGCUGGGGCUGGCGGGCGGCGCCGCCGACCACCGCGCCGCCGUCGCCUUCCUGCGCCUGCGCCAGCGAGACGCGCCGCGCGCCCUGGCGCACGCCUACUUCGCGGCGCUGGCGCAGGCCGAGCGCCCGCACGACGCCGCCGCCGAGGACGCGCUGCGCCUCGCCGACGAGCUGGCCGACGACGAACUGCGCGAGAGCGCGCUGCUGGCCGGCGCCGCCGCCGCCGCGCGCGCCUCGCCCGCCGCUGCGGCCGCCGCGCACCGCCUGCUGGCGCGCUCGCUGGCGGCCUGCGCGCACGACGAGUGCCGGCGCGUGUGCCUGGCCGCGCUCGGCAACCUGCGGCGCGCCGAGGCCGCCGAGCUGCUGCUGCGGCAUGCGGCGGGCGGCGGCGCGGCGGCGGGCGCGGCGCUGGACGCGCUGGACGCGCUGCUGACGGCGCGCGGCGCGCUGCCGGCCGCCUGCCUGGCGCCGCUGGAGCGCGCGGCGCUGGGCGCGGGCGCGCUGGAGGCGCGCGCGGCGGCGCUGGACCUGCUGCUGCGCGCGGCGGCGCCGGCGCCCUUCGGCCUGCCGCGCGUGCUGCUGGCGCUGCGCGGCGCACCGGCCGAGCUGCGGCGGCUGGCGUGGCAGCGGCUGCGCGCGCUGGCGGCGGAGGGCGAGCCGGUGCGCCUGCUGCUGCGGCUGCUGCCGGCCGAGCUGCGCGGCUGGGACGCGCAGGCGCCGGGCGGCACGUCGUCGCUGCUGGUGCGCGAGCUGGCGCGCGGCGCGGGCUGGCGCGCGGCGCUGGAGUCGCGGCAGGUGGCGAGCGGCGCGCUGCUGCGGCGCGGGCGCGUGCGGCUGCUGGUGCUGUCGCCCGCCAACCGCACCGACGACACCGUCACGGUGGAGCUGUGGACGCGCGGGCUGGGCGCGCUGGCGGGCGGCGCGGCCGAGGGGGACGCGGGGGGCGAGGCGGAGGAGGCGGGCGCGGGGCUGGCGCUGGGCGUGGGCGGCGCGCGCCUGCGCGAGCUGCCGCUGUUCCGCGGGCAGGCCGAGCUGCUGGGCCACGUGUGGACGGGCACGGGCAGCGAGCCCACGCCCGUGCUGCGCGCGCUGCGCCCGCUGGCCGGCGCGCGCGCGGCGCUGCCGCUGCUGGGCGGCGCCGCGCUGCGCUACCGGCGCGCCGCGCUGCUGGCGGCCGCGCUGGACGCCGACGCCACGGUGUCGCUGUGGGCGCGCACGGCGCGCGCGCGGCUGGCGCUGCGCGUGGCGCUGGCGGCGAGGGCGGAGGCGAGCGCGCGCGCGGCGUGGGGCGCGCUGGCGGCGCACGCGGCGGCCGAGCUGGAGCCGCGCGUGCGCGUGGACGCCGACCUGGACUUCUACGACGGCGUGGCGCUGUGCGUGCGCGCGCACACGGCCGCGCACGACCACGCGCGCAACGUGACGCUGACGUCGCGGCUGGGCGCGCCGGGCCGCCGCGUGCGCCGCUCGCGCGCCACGCGCCUGCCGCUGGCGGGCCGCACGCUGGCGCUGGGCGCGCCCAACGACGCCACGUGCCGCGCCAUGGGCGCCCGCGGCGACUGAGCGCCCCCCGCUGGGCGCCCCCUGCUGUGAUUUCCAAUUCCAAAGUAACAGAGACUGUCUGAAAAUCUCAUCUUUUAUAUGACGUUUUAAUUUUAAAUAUUUAAGUAAUCUUUAAAAUGUCUGUUUUUAAAUAUUUUACUGUGAAUAAUUCUAUGCAUUUAUAUAUUUAAGAUAACAACCAAAUGAUUUAAAUAAAAUGUUCAAUUGAUAUAAA